AUAAAAAGGCUGAUCUAACCGGUGACACAUUUUAGUUGCGGAAGCUUUAGUCAACGGUUGAGAUGUCAUCAGCGAUGUGCUGUUAUUUGUAUUUGUAUCUGCUAUGGAUGUGGCUUAUGAUGGGGCUCAACAGCUGUGAGUCGACAGUGAAAAACGCAGCACCCAAACAAGUGUCAGUGUCUCGCCUCGAAUGUAAUGAAAAUCUGUGCACCGAAUUGAACUAUCCACUCGACUCGCAAGUGGCAUAUUUUUCAAAUGAAAUCGGCAAAACACUGGGCAAUUAUACGUCGCUGGUGUUACAUAAUUCCCAGUUGACUCAUUUGCCGUUGAAUGUAUUCCAAACUCUCAAGCAAUUGGAAACUCUCGAUGUUUAUGGCUGCGAGGUACAGCAUGUAACGCGGGAAUGUUUUCGUUCAGCUGGCAAACUCAAGAAAUUGCAACUGGGUGGCAAUUUGAUAAGCAAACUCGAUGGCGACACAUUUGCACUGGCGACGCAGCUCGAGGAAUUGGAGUUGGCCGACAAUGAGCUGCAGGAAUUGCCAGCGAAAUUAUUCUCUGGCCUGCGGCAACUGAGGAAAUUAUUGUUGCAAGGUAAUCGCUUGAAAGUGCUGCCAACGGAUGCAUUUGUGCAGUUGCAACACUUGCAACAUCUCAACGUCGACUACAAUCAAUUGACAAAGUUGCCGGCGGGCUUGUGUGGCAAACAAGAGGAGUUGCAGGACUUCUCGGCACGUGGCAAUCAACUGCAGCAAGUUGCAGGCGAUGCAUUCGCAACUGUGCAACGUCUCUGCCUCUCUGACAAUCCCCAGCUCCACACUUUGCACCUCAAGGGUAAAGUGCGUCAGUUGGAGGCAAACAAUUGCAAUUUAAAGAGUCUCAAACUCGAUCAAGCUCAGCAGCUUGAGCAAUUACAGUUGAGUAAUUCGAAGCUGCGCAACUUCGACUUUCUGCGCAGUGCACAAAAUUUACUCGAGCUGGAUUUGUCGGGGGUGGAGAAGUUGCCGGUGUUGCCGAAUCCCUGGCCAGCCAAGCUGGUGGAACGUUUGAGCAUUUCACGUGAUAAUCCUGGCGAUUGGACCGAUAAAAUUAUAUCACAAAUGCCGCAGCUGAAGUAUUUGGAUGUUUUACGCAACGGGGAACGUGAGAUUUUCCUCAUUGAUGACGAUGAUGAUAACGUUGAGCAGUUGGAUGAUAACGAUUGGCUGUGUGAUAAGCAGACGGGAGAGUGUCCAACUGUCGAAGUGGGUGAAGCCGAUGAAUUGUUAUGGACUGGAGAUGGGUUCGAGACGAUAUCAUAGACAUGAUUUGACAAAUAAAUGUUGUUA